CGCAGGAAAGGCGACACUGGGGAUGCUGCCCCCUAUCACAUGAUGGAAAUUUCCACUCUUUAGAAAGGCGAAAAGAAAAGAAGGGUCUCUUGAUCCACCUUUUCCUAAUACUUCCCCUGGAUUCGAAUCCAAAGAGGACAGGAAAAGAGGUGGAACAGAGUGUUCUGAACAUCAACACAAAGUGGAAGAGCCUUAAGCCAAAGGUGCAGUAUAUUAUUUACACUGAAGGAGCGUGUGUGCAGACCAGAAAGCGCUGACAGGUCAAAUGGAUCCCGUGGAACUGAGAAAAGUCAACAUUGAACCUGAUGAUGAAAGCAGCAGUGGAGAAAGUAUUCAAGAUAGCUACUCGGGGAUGGGAAAUUCAGAAAAGGCAGCCAUGAGCAGUCAAUUUGCUAAUGAAGAUGCUGAAAGCCAGAAGUUCCUGACAAAUGGGUUUCUGGGGGGAAAGAAGCCGGCCAGUUAUGAUGAUGAACAUCAUCCUGGAACCACUUCUUUUGGAAUGUCUUCAUUCAACUUGAGUAAUGCCAUCAUGGGCAGUGGAAUUUUGGGCUUAUCCUAUGCUAUGGCCAACACUGGAAUCAUACUUUUUAUAAUUUUGCUGCUUGCUGUGGCAAUAUUAUCACUCUAUUCAGUUCACCUUUUACUAAAGACAGCCAAGGAAGGAGGGUCAUUAAUUUAUGAAAAAUUAGGAGAGAAGGCAUUUGGAUGGCCUGGAAAAAUUGGAGCUUUUAUUUCCAUUACAAUGCAGAACAUUGGCGCAAUGUCAAGCUACCUCUUUAUCAUUAAAUAUGAACUACCUGAAGUACUCAGAGCAUUCAUGAGACUUGAAGAAAAUUCUGGGGAAUGGUACCUCAACGGCAACUACCUCAUCAUAUUUGUGUCUUUGGGAAUUAUUCUUCCACUUUCUCUUCUUAAAAAUUUAGGUUACCUUGGGUAUACCAGUGGAUUUUCUCUUACCUGUAUGGUGUUUUUUGUCAGUGUGGUGAUUUACAAGAAAUUUCAAAUACCUUGUCCUCUGCCUAUUCUGGAUCAUAAUGCUGGAAAUCUGACAUUCAACAACACACUUCCAAUACACGUGAUAACACUGCCCAACAACUCCGAUAGUACUGGUGUGAACUUCAUGAUGGAUUAUACCCACCGCAGUCCCGCAGGGCUGGAUGAAAACCAGGCCAAGGGCUCGCUUCACGGCAGUGGAGUAGAGUUUGAAGCCCGAAAUGACGACAAGUGUCAACCAAAAUACUUUGUAUUCAACUCCCGGACGGCCUAUGCAAUUCCUAUCCUAGUAUUUGCUUUUGUUUGCCACCCCGAGGUCCUUCCCAUCUACAGUGAACUUAAAGAUCGGUCCAGGAAGAAGAUGCAAACAGUGUCAAAUAUUUCCAUCACAGGGAUGCUUGUCAUGUACCUGCUUGCUGCCCUUUUUGGUUAUCUAACAUUCUAUGGAGAAGUUGAAGAUGAAUUACUUCAUGCUUACAGCAACGUGUACACGUUUGACACUCUUCUUCUCAUGGUCCGUCUGGCAGUCCUGGUGGCAGUAACUUUAACUGUGCCCAUUGUCCUGUUCCCAAUUCGCACAUCAGUGACCACCCUGUUAUUCCCCAAAAGACCCUUCAGCUGGAUUAGACACUUCGUGAUUGCAGUCAUAAUUAUUGUGCUUAAUAAUGUUCUGGUCAUCCUUGUGCCAACUAUAAAAUACAUCUUUGGGUUUAUUGGGGCUUCUUCUGCCACGAUGCUGAUUUUCAUCCUUCCAGCAGUUUUUUACCUUAAACUUGUCAAGAAAGAACCUUUUAGAUCACCCCAAAAGGUCGGGGCUAUAAUUUUCCUUGUGACUGGAAUUAUCUUCAUGAUUGGAAGUAUGGCACUGAUUAUAACUGACUGGAUUUACAAUCCUCCAAAUUCCAAGCAUCACUAACCUAAGAGAAAAUACUUUCUUUUUCUAUUGGAAAUGGUUGCAACUAAUGUUCCAAAAGACAUUUGAGGUAUCUUGAUUGGAAUAUUAUUCACAGAAAAUAGCAACAGAAGAUUCCAAAGAUGUUUGCUAAUAACAUCAUCAGACACCUGCGAGAGAAAAUAAUGACUUUCGUCAAGAAUGGAUAUUGAUAUGUUUUAAAUCUGUGUUGCACAUUUUUGCCCAGAUUUUACUAGAAUGGUGUGAGAUGAUCAAAGUGUGUUUUUGCUGUUGUAUAAGCAGAAUAAGAGUGCCUGCAUGUAAUAGUCAUCAGAUAAUAUUCUUUCCUCCUUCCUGCUCCCAUCCUGCAUCCCCAUAAAGUAACCACAAAUAGUUGUUUUCUCAGAAUAUCAAAUGAAGACACCCUGGUGGCAAACGUAUCACCACUUAAGGCCAUCUCCUGUCUUUCACUACACACCUUGGUUCUGUUGCUAAUGGAGGCCAAAAGCAUAUCCUGUGACCUGUCCCUGGGAGGUACACAGAUGAUCUGACACCACUCGAGAGCACUUAUGUCAAUACCAAGGGAAUAUUUUGCCUAGGCCAUUUGUGACAUUGAAUUAGUAGCUGCUUCACUCAGUGGGUUUUUUGGUAAAUGUUAAAACAUCUUACUCAAUAUAGAGAGGGUCUUUAUUUUUAGAGCAAUAACAAAAAUAGUAUCGCUUAUAGCUAGGCCACCUCUGUGGAAGCUUCUGCUUUUUAAUGCCGUUCCUAGUCCACUGUCAUUCUUUUGUCCUUGAACAACGCUCUCCCUCUCGUCUUCCAUUCUCAUUCAGAAUUUUUAGAAGACCACAGUUCGUGUGGAGACACUACCCAGUAUUGUUUGAUACAUGUUUAUUUGAUAAACAUUCAGUGCAGGAAACUGUGAUUUGCUAUACGUUUAUGUAUAUAAUCUUACUCUGUAGUCAUCAGAAUGUACAUUUGAUUUUUAUUUUUUACAUGUGUAGCUUUCUUUCUCACAGACAAAACAUUUAUAUUAUUGGAAGUGUGGUCAGGGAAUUAAACUGGUGGGCUCAAAAUCCAUUUGUAUGUAUCUGUCCAUCGGGGUUAUUUUAAAUUUCUAACCUAAGUUAUAUAGUUCAGUAAUGCUCUUCCUCAAUGUUUACAAUAAUAGAAUCAUGUGUAAGAAAAUGAGUUCUCUAUUUGCAAAUAAUUAACAGAGCUAAGGUUGCUCUUUUGAUUUAGUAUGUCUAAGAUAAGAUUUAAUUCAUUUUAGCUUGCACAGUUGGUUGCUAACACUUGUCAUUUAAUACAAUGCUGAAUAGCUGUCCAUAGAAAUAUAAGUGCUAACACUGUAGAGAAAUGCAAACCAUCAUUCUUACUUCCAUAUCAUACUUACAUGAAAUAGAAUUAAAAGUUACUAUCACUGCCUAAAAUUUCUGGAGUUCACUACUUUGUUGUACAAUCACUAACAAGAACCUCUGUUGUAUAUUUUAUAUUUUGGUAAAUCUAGGUAUGAAAUACAAUUAUCAUAUAUUGCAACAGGCUAAACCAUAUUUCAAUAAUUUUUCAGAAGUGCAACUAAGAAAAUAUGUAUUUGUUUUGUGUAUCAUUUUUUAAAGAUGCAUAACUAUAAAAUGGUGCACUUUGUUAUGGAAAUUGAGCAUUACUAGAAACUAUCAUAACUUUUAAUUUACUAUCAUUUGGAAAAACUGCUGAAUGGCAUAUUUAAGAUAUAUUCCCAUUUUCAUUUGUCUAAAGACUGUUUUCAAAUUAGAAAAUAGAAAAAAGUUUCUUCUGCAUGUUAAAAAAAUGUUCAAUCUGAAGGUAUUUAAAUGUACAUAUUAAAGAUUAAUCCAAAAAUAUUAGAAAACUAUAAAAUCUGUAUAUAUUUUGAAUGUUUUACAUUUUAAAUGAUUAACUUGAAAAUAUCACCAUAUGUACUUAUAUAAAUAUUCAAGAGCAAUACUACAGUGCCAAAUACUAAAGCACCAGCUCCCCUCAUGUAUCCUUUCUGGAUUAGAGGUCAUAUAUACUGCAGGGCAGACAUACAUGUGGUAUUCUGUGCUGGUUAAUUUAACCGCAUUUGUAAACAGAUGAAAAUUUUAUUUUCUUAUUCGUUUAUAAGAUGGUUCAGUGUAUUGGUAGGAUUUUUUAUUACAGAAAGUGUAUAUUGGUAUAUAAUAAAUGAACUUUUCAAAUGA